CCAUUUUAUGAGUUUAUCGAGUAAUACACAUCCACCAAGCCAAAAAUGAUUGUCACUUAGAUCAUUUCCCGCAGACAAUUGAGCUCACUGGCUCAACACACCUUUCCUGCUUUUCCCCAACAACACAAUAACAACCACAUUUUUUUUAUUUUUUAUUUUUUAUUUUUUUUUAUUUUAAGGAAAAAAGGAAUAUUAUUUAUUUUUUAAAAAAUAACUCCACUAAAAUCCAUGAACACACAAGACAUAUCAUCAUCCCAUACCAUUCAAUUUCAACCAUAUUCAUCUUUUGCAACACAAAAUUUGGCACCCAAAUACAAUGCUCCUCCGCUCUAGCAUUGUAUUCACCCCUCUUCCAUCACCCUCCCUCCGCCAUACCAAAACUCACCCUCAAAGACUAACGCUCCCUAUCAUUUCAGCUCAGCUCCCUACAACAUCCUACACCGUGUCCGACAACGCACUCGAAUCUCAAGGCUUUACCCUUCACCGCAACACUGAUGGUCUCAACCUUGAUCACCUCAACUCGGUCUUUGUAGCCGUGGGGUUUCCGAGGCGGGACCCCGAUAAGAUACGAAUUGCCCUUGAACAUACGGAUUCUCUUAUAUGGGUGCAGUACAAUAAAACACAGAGGCCAGUGGCCUUUGCUAGAGCAACAGGGGAUGGUGUGUUCAAUGCUAUCAUAUGGGAUGUUGUUGUUGAUCCUGUAUUUCAAGGGGUCGGGUUAGGGAAGGCGGUCGUGGAGAGGAUAUUAGAGGAGUUGAUGCAGAAAGGGAUUACGAAUAUUGCGCUGUAUUCGGAGCCUCGAGUUCUUGGGUUUUAUAGGCCGUUAGGGUUUGUUGCAGACCCUGAUGGGAUUAGAGGUAUGGUGUACUCUAGGAAACAGAACAAGAAGAAAUAUUGAUCUUGUAAAGUUAUGCACAUGAUACACGAAUACUAAUGUAGUUAUUAUGAAAGUUUUUAAUUGCAUUAAACAGUUCUUAUAAA